AUGGAGUCCAUCUUCGGCUUGGUAGGGGACGGCUUCGCGGUGGUGGCGGCGGACACGUCAGCCGUGCACAGCAUACUGGUGCACAAGUCUAACGAAGACAAAAUCAUGGUGCUCGAUUCACACAAACUAGUCGCCGCCAGCGGUGAGCCCGGCGACAGAGUUCAGUUCACAGAGUACAUACAGAAAAAUGUGGCCUUGUAUCAGUUCCGUAAUGGGAUCCCAUUGACCACUGCUGCUGCGGCCAAUUUCACCCGUGGCGAGCUCGCCACCGCCUUGCGAAAGAACCCAUACAUGGUGAACAUCCUUAUGGCUGGUUUUGACAAAGAGGCCGGGGCAUCCCUAUACUACAUUGACUACAUUGCCUCGCUUCACAAGGUUGAAAAGGGAGCCUUUGGAUAUGGGUCAUAUUUUGCACUCUCACUGAUGGACAGGCACUACCACAGUGGCAUGUCUGUGGAGGAAGCAAUUGAUCUGGUUGAUAAGUGCAUUAUUGAGAUCCGGUCGAGGCUGGUGGUGGCUCCCCCCAAUUUUGUCAUCAAGAUAGUUGACAAGGAUGGUGCGAGGGAGUAUGCGUGGCGGGAAUCCAUCAGGGAUGCUAGUGUUGCUGCCGCAUGA